AUGGAUGAAGAAAGAGCAUCAUCGUCCGGAAUUUCCAAUCCAUAUGAUAGAGAUUCCGGUUUUGAUGUUACUUCACGUGAAGCGAUGUAUAAAAAUAAAGGUAUGACAUCAGAUGCUAUGCGUAAGCGACGUGAAGAGGCUUGUGCUGAAAUCCGUAGAGCUAAACGAUACGAUGAUUUGAACAAACGACGCCAAAUAGAUCUGGCACCAACUAAUGCAGAGGAAGAACCGGGACGGGAACUUGAAGUUAAUGUACGGUCGUGUUCAGCGUGGAGCCAAGUUAUUGCAAUGGCAGGCCACGAGCAGAUUGAUAGUUUUGAUUUUCAUUUUAUAAAUUACGUAGAAUGUGUGUUCUCUUUUCAGUUGUUACUGGUUUUUGAGGGUUUCGAAGCUGGCAAUGGAACGGAUGAACGAAUCGUUUGUAAGCUAUGUGGCGAGUGCGCGGAAGAAGUUGAGGAAGCUCUGGAUUUUUAUAGACGACGUUUCCGUACAAGUAAUGCUAGUGAUGUGGCAGAUGAAAUUGUUGCCUUAAAUUUAAUACCUCGCAUCGUGGAUUUGUUGGGAACUGGACCGACUCUUAAUAUACGUCGAACUGCUACUCAUGUUGUUGGUGCUAUUGUUUCUAUCUGUUCAACGCAUACCGAAGCAAUUGUCAAAAGCGGAGCUGUUCCACAUUUGGUCGAUUUGAUUGGUAAUCCAGACCGUGAAAUGCGUGAGCUAACAUUAUUUGCACUGGGUAAUAUAGCUGCCGAAUGUUGUGAAUAUAGAGAUCUCUGCAUCGCAUAUGGUAUGGCUCAGAAAAUGACGAUGAUGCCGGAUGGGCAUCAAUUUCUUUGCAGUACUAUGACAUUGAUGGAAGCGCGAUGUACUGUCUGGGCUGCUUCGAAUUUAUGCCGUGGAAAAGAUCCUCCUGUAGAUCUUGAGAAGAUCGCAAUGCUACUGCCAUUGUUCAACGAAGCCUUGUACAGUAAUGAUACAUUAAUCAUCUCAGAUGCUUGUCGUGCGUUCGGUCGGUUACUUGAUGCUGCACCGGAAAGCUCAUAUGAAUAUAUUCUGAAGCCAAGUACUGUUGAAUGUUUGGUAGAACACAUGGGAAAUUCCAAUUCAAAAAUAUCACUGGCGGCAUUAUUGGCAGUUGGAAAUAUUGUGUCAGGGGACGACGAGCAAACACAAAGUGUUUUAAACUGCACGAAUGCACUGAACCACAUUCAUCGUCUUUUGUUGGAUGGUGAACAAAAAACGAAACGUGAGGUAUGCUGGGUAUUGUCAAAUAUUGCUGCUGGUACAACUUCGCAGAUACAGACCAUCUUUGACGCCGGAAUAAUUCCUUCUUUGAUACAAAUUUUGAAAACGGAGACAUUUCAAGUCCGUUCAGAAGCUUGCUGGGUGAUUGCUAAUGCGAUUACUGGUGGUAACAGAGAACACGUGUCACGAAUUGUACGUGAAGGCGCUCUAAUUCCUCUCAGUGAUAUGCUCACUGUUAUGGAUUGCAGUGUCGUUGUCGUAGUAUUGAAAACAUUGGCUGAGAUUUUGGAAUGUGGUGAAUAUUGUAAAGUUGAUGGCCAAAAUCCAUACGCUGUUCGACUGGAAGAAUUGAACGUAAUCGAUAAACUUGAAUUCCUGAUGUUAAGUGCGAACACGGAAAUAUUUUUUAAAGCAUGCGCAAUCAUGGAAAAAUAUUAUCUUCGUGAAGAUGACGAGCAGGAUGAUACCAACAACGAUAACGGCGUAGUUCGUAAUCAUAAAUUGAAUCAUUUUAAUUUUUCUUAA